AUGUCGAGUGUUGUAACGGCUGGACUGGCUUUGGCUGUCAUUGGCUUCGGUGGACGGGCGAUAUUGAGGCGAUCCAAAGGAUUGGGAGAUAUGUUAUCGAAAUCGUUGCCAACUUCUGGCUCUUUGGCCAACAGUAAGUACUAUAGGGGAGGCUUUGAUCCCAAAAUGAAUCGCCGAGAGGCGGGACUAGUGCUCGGAAUCAGUCCAUCGGCUAAUAAAGUGAAGGUGAAAGAGGCUCACAAACGCAUUAUGCUAUUGAAUCAUCCCGACAGAGGCGGUUCUCCCUAUUUAGCGGCCAAAAUAAAUGAAGCAAAAGAUUUGCUCGAAUCUAAUAGAUCCGCAUCUAAAUAGACUCACUUAAAUUCAAUGUAAAUAUAAUGUAGUUUUUAACAAAUUUUACUAUAUUUUGUAGUUUUAAUUGAAAAUAAAUAUUUAAAAAUAUCUAAAGUAUUACCGAAUAUUUGUUAAUAAUAUUAA